AUGACUUCCUCUACUCCUCGCAAGCACAUCUCCUCCCCAACCAAGGCUCCUGCAACCCCCCACACCCCGGAUGUCGCGCUCAGCGUGGCCACGUCGUCCGUGUCACCCACCACGGCUACCCCGGCACGUGCCGCGCUCGGCAAUUUACUUCACCCCACGGACAUUCCGCCUCGCCCGUCCACAGCUGGCAGCGUCGAUGCCGACGACGCCGACGACGUCGAGGCUGACCGCGCCGACGGAGACGAGGACGAGGACGACGGCGAGGAUAUCGACGACCCCGAGGAAGGCGAAGAAGGCGACAGCGAAGAUGACGAGGACGACGAGGACGAUGACGAGGACAGUGGUGAUGACAGUGACAGCAGCGAGGAUAUCGUGCUGCUCGACGGUCCACCGGUGCCGGCUGGGGAUGUGGCACUCGGAACCAGCGUCAAGACCGAGCCCGUCGACGGCGGCCAGACCGCAGACGCCGUUGGCAAGGAACAGGGCGAUGAGGGCACCGAAGAGGCGGUCAACACGCUGGUCCCCAAGAAGAAGGGCAAGCGUGCUCGCCGCUCGCCAUCGUCAGAAGAGGAUGCCCCUCCUCCCCCUCCGAUGCCGACUAUCCGCAUCACGACCGAAUUCAAGCCCGACGUCGAGACUCUUGACUGGAACUUCCUCGAGCUCGCCGCCCAGGCUGGCUACCACGUCACCAACGCGUGGGGCGAGGAACCUCCCGCCCCCCCUCGUAGGCGAGGAAGGUAUGGCCACCGAUACUCCUGGCGAGCCCGAGGUCCUCGGCCUUGGCGACCUUGGACGCCCCACGCCUCUGGGCAUGUCGGCCGACGACGAGGCCCUGGUAAGUACGCAAACGUGCCAUCCUUGCUGACCGACCAGACCAAGAAGCGCCGUGUCAUCGACUACGACUUGAAUGACCCCUUCAUCGACGACUCGGACCUCAAGAUUGACGCACCCACCCAUGUUGCCCGUCCCAAGAAGGAAGGUUUCUUUGUGCACAUGGGUCACCUCGAACUCUUGGAAGAGUCGCCUGCCAAGAAGCAGGCGCGCAGCAAGCCCAAGACCCGUGGCAAGGAAAUCAAGGAGCCGCGCAAGAGCCUCGCCCAGGCCAUUCGCGUUCGCUAUUCCGAUGGCCCGGGCGUCUCGCACAUCGACCUGGUCGACAGCGACCUUGAGACCAUUGAACCUGGCCCCUCGAUUGUCAAACGUGGGUACUCUCUCGUCUCGGCAAAGCUGACAUUAGGCUCGCGCUCUCCCACCCCGACCGGUGACAUGGAGCAGACGCGCAUCGACCGUACUCUUUUCAAGAACGCUUCGCGUGACCCCAAGUACCUUCCUCCAUUCAGCGAGUUCCCCGAGGAGGUCGGCCACGCCAUGCGCACUCUGCGCCGCGAAAGCGCCCACCAUGUCUGGGACUUGAACAACAAGGGCAAGUUCCCCGAACACCUCAAACCGCCUCUCAGGCGUGCCGGUGGGGCCGCCAUGCAGCACGAGCUGCUCUGCAUCGCCGACAAGGACCCCACCGACAGCGGAUACGAGCGCUACCAGGACAAGUGGUUUGUCACAGCGCUGUGUAGCAUUCUGCCGUACAACAGGCUUACCCUUGGGAAACUUGUUCUCAAGCUGUGCUACCCCGACUAUUGGAAGUGGCUGCAGGCAUGCGAGACCGAGGGUAUCCGCCAGUGGAAGGAGCUCCUUGACCCCGAGAUUCCAGGCAUGUUGGAACAGUGGGAGCAGGCCAAAGCACAUCAACAGGCUAAUGGCGAGGAUAUGCUGGACCCCGAGCCCGGAGAGGACGCGGAGGCAUCCAAGAAGGCCGCCGAGGCGCGCAAGACUCCCGUGUUCACCGCAGAGAUGAAGGACAUCUUCAAGCAACUCGUGGAGAACACCCAGGAGAUGGUCGACAUUAACAAGAAGAUGGAGGAGUGGCACCAGAAGAUUGAGGGCCAGUCGAGUGAACUGAACAUGCGCAAGCUGCUUUACACCAAGAUUGGCAAGCUGUAUCCCGACAACUUCAUGACGUCUCUGACACUCUCGCGUGCUUUCACCAACUACAAGCGUUCAGGCGCGGGCGCCAAGGCGGCCAAGGAAGAGCAGCCGUAA